UGAAUUUUUUGGACAGCGCUUUCAAAGAUGAUGACAAUUUGAUUCGGUGGUUACACUCCGUCAAGUGAAAGUGAACCAUACGGUUGCUGUCCCUACUUUAUACUGCUACUCGAUUUGAUUUCACUACUGAAUGAGAUGGCACGUGAUCAAUCUCCAGUCCCGGUAUUAAUAACCCCACAGACGUCACUGGAAUCGCAGGUGUCUAGUUCUAGCUGCAAUCAAGGUAAUAGUAGUAGCCAAACUGUGAAAUCACCGUGGUCCCGUCUCCGUCAACGUGUUCACGAGGUGACUGGCCGUUCUAGAAACACGAAAAAUCACAGCAGCAAAUAUGGAUCACUUCUCAAAUUGGCAGACGAAGAACGUCGAAUCAUUCACGGAGCUCGGCGAUCCAACAGUCAGAUUCGUCUCAAUCCCACGUCCGAUGAUGGCGUCAACGCUUUGUGGCACAUUAUUCAUCUGUUGGAGGAACGAGUGGAAGUGCUGGAAAACACGUUGGAAGUGAGUCGGGAGCACAUUGCCAAAACCGAAGAGAAGUGCGAUAACCUCCAGAAACAAGUUGAAAAGAUAGUCGAACAACAAAUCCUUGAGAAGAAGUUGUUGAAUCCGCCGCUAGAUGCUGAAACUCUUCCAGAUGGUGUUAAGGCCGAAAUGAGUCGCUGUUUCGAGCAGAUUCGCAACAAAGAGUAUCGUCUCAAUCGCGUGGAAGCUGCAACAUUGGACCGGACGUCGGUGGUAGCGUCGAGAAAUAGGAGGAAGUGCGCUGGAUGCGGAAAGGGCACAUUUUAAUUAACUGAUCCUACGCGCUCCGCAUUCCUGAUGAACGUUCUGAAGUCCGCUCUGCUCUCACAGUCUGCUGCGAAUGAUGUCGAAAAAUUGUUGCUUUUGUUUUAAUCGAAUAUUAUUAUUAUUAUUUUUGAAAGAAAAAAAAAAUAGCCCGAGGGGGAUUUAAAAUUGAUUCAAAAUACACGUUUUUCUCUUUUCA